UUUGUUAUGUGAGAAUACAGGGAGAUAGAAGCAUAACCUUAAAUCCCGUAGUAAUCCUUACUGAUGUGGUAAUGUUGUCCUGAAAUAUUUUCCUUGGCAACUGCUCCCUGUGCAAGUGUUACCCUCUGUGUUUAUGUAUUUGGAGUUUUGUUUCGAAUGGGCUAUUUUGGAUCUCUAACAGUCGUUCAGGCAAAUUAUGCCCCCUAUUUCUUCGAUAAUGGAGCCAGAAGCACAAAUGGGAACAUGGCACUUCUCAGCCUUUCAGAGGAUACACCUGUUGGUACCCAUGUGUACACUCUGAAUGGAACUGAUCCAGAAGGAGAUCCCGUGACGUACGGCCUGGCCUAUGAAGCUGGAUCAAGACGCUACUUUUCUGUUGACAAGAACCUUGGCAAUGUUACCCUGAUUGAGGAGCUGGACAGAGAGAAGGAAGAUGAGAUUGAAGUUAUUGUCAGUAUUUCAGAUGGCCUGAGUACAGUUUCUGAAAAAGUCAGGAUCCUUGUAAUGGAUGCUAAUGAUGAAAGCCCGGAGUUCGUCAAUACGCCUUACAUAGUCCAAGUCCCAGAGAACGCUCCCUCUGGCAGCAGUAUCUUUAAGAUUGAGGCAGUGGACAAAGACACGGGUUCUGGAGGAAGUAUCACUUACUUCUUGCAGAACAUCCAUGCUAAUAAGUUUACAAUAGAUCGUCACAGUGGUGUACUGCGCAUCAAAACAGGGGUCACCCUGGACUAUGAGAAAUCAAGAACACAUUUUGUCGUCAUUGUAGCCAAGGAUGGUGGUGGGAAGCUCAGGGGAGACAACAAGGUGUUUUCAGCCACAACAACAGUUACUGUCAAUGUGGAGGAUGUUCAGGACACUCCUCCCAUGUUCAUCGGGACUCCCUACUAUGGAUAUGUCUAUGAGGAUACACUCCCAGGUUCUGAGGUCCUCACUGUUGUUGCUCUUGAUGGAGACAGAGGAAAGCCUAACAGUAUUCAUUAUUACAUCGUGAACGGAAGUGAAGGUUCAUUCAAAAUUGGCAACACAACUGGAGCCAUUUCUGUUACAAAAAGCCCAAAUCAGCUCAAGAAAGAAGUGUAUGAACUAAAAGUUCAGGCAUCAGAAAUCAGUCAGGAAGGUGAUGUCUCAGUGCACGCUUUUGCCAUGGUGACUAUACGGGUGGUUGACCUCAACAACCACCCACCAACGUUCUAUGGAGAAAAUGGUCCCCAGAACAGAUUUGAACUGACCAUGUACGAGCAUCCCCCAGAGGGUGAAAUCCUGAGAGGAUUGAAGAUUACAGUCAAUGAUUCAGAUCAGGGAGCCAAUGCUAAAUUCAACCUCCGUUUUGUUGGACCUGGUGGCAUCUUCCGAGUGGUUCCCCAGACUGUCUUGAAUGAGGCUCAGGUUACAAUAAUAGUGGAAGAUUCUGCUGCUAUUGACUAUGAAAAAUUCCAGGUGUUAACCUUCAAGCUUCUUGCAAUAGAGGUGAACACACCAGAGAAAUUCAGCUCGACAGCUGAUGUAGUGAUACGCUUGCUGGAUACCAAUGACAAUGUCCCAAAGUUCUCCUCUGACUACUACGUUACCAGGAUCCCCGAGAACUCCCCGGGGGGAUCAAAUGUAGUUGCCGUUACAGCUACAGAUCCAGAUUCAGGGCUUUGGGGAGAAGUCAAGUACUCUAUCUAUGGAACAGGAGCAGAUCUGUUUCUAAUCCACCCAUCAACAGGUAUAAUUUACACUCAGCCCUGGGCCAUAUUAGAUGCUGAAGUGAACUCAAAGUAUAAUUUCUAUGUGAAGGCAGAGGACACAGAUGGGAAAUACAGCUUGGCUGAAGUGUUUAUUACUGUGCUAGAUGUCAAUGACCACUCUCCAGAGUUCAAUGAAAACAUCCAGGAAAAGACGAUGAUCAUCGGGUCACCGGUGAAGAUAGAGGCUGUAGAUCAAGAUGCAGAAGAACCCAACAACAUUGUGGAUUAUUCCAUCAUGCAAGCAGAUCCAGCCAAUGUGUUUGAUAUAGACCAAAGUACUGGGGAAAUCAAGCUGAAAUCCUAUAUCCGUUCCCUGGACAUCAUCCACAACAUCACAAAGAACAAAGACUGCAUAUGGUCAUUGGUGGUGCAGGCCAAAGACCGAGGCUCCCCAUCCUUCAGUACCACGGCAGUUCUGAAGAUUGAUAUCACAGAGGAGACUCUUCACAAAGGGCCUAUGGCCGCCUUUUUGAUGCAAACUAAAGAUAACCCCAUGAAAGCCUUAGGAGUGUUAGCUGGUGUCAUGGGCGUAAUGGUGCUGAUAACUAUCAUGAUCUCUACUGCCAUGUUCUGGCGCAACAAGCGGUCCAACAAAAUCAUACCGGUAAGAAAGAUCAUAAAAAAGAGACACGUUCCACAGUCCCGGACACUCAGGAUGGAGUGGCUGAAGUUCAGGAGGCCCAGCAACGCUGCGAAGUUUGUUGUGGAGGACGAUAACAAGAGCCUGCACAACGAGAACAGCAACAACAACAUCCAGGUUGCCUCCGUGCUGCCGACCGCCCCCUUGCCCCCGCCGCCCCCCACCCUGGCUCCCCGCGCGGACACCCCAGGGUGGAGGGUGCCUACCGUGUCUGGCUCCAUCACUCCCAAGUUUAUAAACAAACAGCUGAAGAAGAGAGGUCAUGGCAGCGCCCACAACGCCCUCGUGUCAGAGCUCAAAAUGAAGUUCGAGAAGAGGAACGCAGCUAUCGGUGAGCCCCACAUCUAGGUGCUCCUGGCAGCCCCCAGAGACCGCGGAUUGUGGCUGCGCAUGGAACUAGUUAUGCGCUGUGGUCUUCCCCGUGUCUGUCAGCACCCCGUGAACAGAGAGCAGAUUCUUGCUGUGAUAGCCACCCCUCACCUUCUGCAAGUGUUACGUGCUACGGAGUCACCCCACCCAUAGCAAACGCUGCGGUCCAUGCCCAGUUGCAACUGCAGUUCCUUCGGCUCGUGUGCCAGUGCUGGUCCCUCCCUGCAGCUGUCUGACCGGGGUGCUGAGUACCUCACACCAGCCACAGUCUCCCCAGGUGAGCGGGGAUUCGGGUUGCCUCCAUUUUGGAGGUGCCAACCCCAAAUCCUGGUUUUCAAACAAGACGUUCUGCAGCCAAGGCACUGGAGGGUGCCACUUCUGACCUGGUCUGGCGGACGGGUUUGAGGCGCCCAAAAACCCGCCAUCUCAAAUCCCAGACCCGCUUUUGAAGACGUUGGCCUGGCUGUGGCACCAGCACUGGGUCCAUGUGCAGGUCUCCUAUGGCAGCGACACCGCACACGGCAAGAGGGCGGCGCGUAGCCGGUACCUGCAGGCCUCAGGGCGCCAGGGACUCUGCAACAGCCGGCGGAGCGGUGUGCUAACGGCCUGAGUACCUUCAUUCCCAAAAGGUAAGCAGGCAGGCUUGGAGAACUUCUUCAUUUCCUGCAGCUUAUGCUGGGUUUUGCCAGAGUACAUUGACAUGAUGCUGCGCUUUGCUUCUGCCGUGCACUUGCCAGCUAAUCAGGGGAUGGGAACGCCAGCCCAGCCUCCCCUCCACCCGCUGGGGCAAGAUUCCAGCGCAGUUCAACAGCAACGCUCUGUCAGUGCUGCCUCCUUCUGACACCGCAUCCUCUAGCAGGGAGGAGGCCGGCAGGACAAGGCCAUGAUUAAGGCGUCAGGGAAGACAAGGUAAAACCAAGAGAAAAAGGAUAAAUGAAAAAUAUAGACCAGUGCUGGAAAGUCGCACGUGUCAGCCAGGGAAUUGUCUGGAAAGAUCAUUUGGUUUUGUACACUGUUAGUUAGCAGGAGGUGCCGGGGAAUGUAUUUCAUCACUUCUCCUGGCUUGCUUCAGGGACUGGUCAGUGCAAAAGAAGGUUUCCAUAAAAUAUUCUAGUUUGUCUUAUCAGUAUUUUUGAGUGAAUUAUGCAACAGUUAAUGGGGGGAGGGCCAGGUUGGGGAGAUGGGGGGGCAGCUGACACUUUUUCCCUGUUACGUGGCAGUGAAAAGGCACUGAAGGCAGGGCACUUUUUUUCACCGGACCUACCCCACAGUUUCUCCCUCAUGUUUGUUUCUGAGGAGAUGUAUUUCAGCUGGGCCUUGCUGUUUCCCAUCCCUUGGGGAGAAGGCAGGGUGCACCAGGCUGGCCGGGGAGCAGCACCCUGCACCCUCUGCCUGAGCCCCGGCCCCGCAGGGCAGCUGUGCUGUCAUGGAUUGGCACCACGAACAUGGUGACAGGGAGCAAACUCUACAGGAUGGGACACUCUGUUAAUUCAAGGGGUUCAUGAGACUCCUCCAGCUGUCAUUUCAGCUGGACCAGCAGACCUGGCCCUCAGGGGCUCCUCUUCACCCCACUAGCUGGUCUAAUUCCCUUUGUUUGUACCAGGACUUCAUGAGCUUAGUGGCUAGCUGGUCAGACAAGAAGUUACCCACUUACAGGGGAAAUCCUGUAUUUUUUAACUUCAGUUCAAUCCACCUAGAAGCCAGAAGGUGACCAUGGCUCCUGUCACCCAUGGCUCUUGGCUGAGCCAGGAGCUGUAGCCAAGAGGUGCAGCAGGGUCCCAGCUGGGGGCUGUGGCAGCAGCCCUGACCCCAGAGCCUCUCCUGACACGUCUCUCAUUUCCUUCACUGUUUUCUUGCUUAUCCCUCCUCCGGGGGCUCUGUGGUGUGAGGCCCAGGCUCUCGCAUUCUGUGUGGUCACCUCAUCCCUGUCCUCCGGCUCUGAGCCAGUGGGACAAGGGGACCGUGCAGCCCCCAGCCCCACUCCCACUGCCCUGCGCAAGCACACACCUUCUGCUGAUUGUGACUCCUCCAGGUUCUGAAACCUUUCCUGAGGUACCAAAAGUUCAUGAUUUAUUCCCCGUACUAUUGUUUUCCUGAUGUUGUGUUGAAGCCAGUAUUCAAUGUUUAUUCUCCAAAGAAGAAAGCCUAUAAAGACCAUUCAAUUAAGUGAGCUUUAAUGGGAAUUAUAGGCUUAUAGUCUUAGAGAUUAUAUUUAAGAGGGAAUAAAGGUGUUUUAUUACUAUGUUGUGAGAUUUUUUCCGGUUACUCUGUAUUUCCAACUGCAGGGGUUUUUUUAAUAAAUAAAAAAAAGCCUGCAAAA